AUUCCAAGCUUGAUUUUGAGUGUGUCUGAAAACUCAGUACGCCUCCAGACGUGAAGGAGAGCGGACGUCUUUAUACAGUAUUAUUAUACAUAUCUUUAUGUUGAGAUGUCCUGAACAUUAUAUUUAGGUAGCACCAUGGGCGCAGCGUCAGACGGUCUGGGCGGGUGGCGCGGGCGCAUCGCCGCCAUGCGCGAGUCGCGGAAGCUGGUGCUGGUGAUAGUAGCGAUUGCGCUACUACUCGACAACAUGCUACUCACCACUGUUGUGCCCAUCAUCCCGGAGUUCCUAUACGACAUUCAGCACCCGGACGCGCCUCUCUCCGUCGCCAUCGAGGAUCUGACCACCCCCCCCGCACCGCCCACCCCCUACUGCCCGUGCUUGAACAUCACCAGCUUGCCUGUGGAAAAUGUCACUCAUGUCAACAUCACGGCUGAGAAGGAAGUCCGCCAUCAAGAGCUGAUCCACGAAACAGUAGCUGUUGGAGUCAUGUUCGCGAGCAAGGCCAUCGUGCAGCUCCUAGCUAACCCAUUCGUGGGCCCACUGACGCAUAAGAUCGGCUACAGCGUACCCAUGUUCACUGGCUUCAUACUGAUGUUUCUGUCAACAAUAAUAUUCGCAUUCGGUAGAUCCUACAGUGUCCUAUUCAUCGCCAGAGCACUCCAAGGCAUAGGAUCAUCCUGUUCUUCCGUAUCUGGUAUGGGAAUGCUGGCCGAGAGAUAUCCGGACGAUAAGGAACGUGGAAACGCGAUGGGUAUAGCUUUGGGAGGGUUGGCGCUCGGAGUUCUUAUCGGCCCUCCGUUUGGAGGUCUGAUGUACGAGUUUGUGGGGAAAACUGCACCGUUCCUGAUGCUGUCAGCUCUUGCUUUGGGUGAUGGAUUACUGCAGCUGAUGAUACUCCAGCCCGGCGUGGUGCGACAGGAGAGCGAACCACCAUCCCUGAAGGCGCUCGUCACGGAUCCCUACAUCCUUGUUGCUGCCGGUGCGAUAACUUUCGCGAACGUGGGCAUAGCGAUGCUGGAGCCGAGCCUGCCCAUCUGGAUGGCGGACACCAUGGAGGCGCGUCGCUGGCAGCAGGGCGUCGCCUUCCUGCCGGCCAGCAUCUGCUAUUUGAUCGGAACAAAUUUAUUUGGACCUCUUGGACACAAAAUGGGACGCUGGCUGGCUGCUUGCUCAGGACUUAUCAUAAUAGGACUGUGCCUCAUAUUGAUCCCGAUGGCGCGCAAGCUGGAGCACCUGAUCAUCCCGAACGCCGGUCUAGGUUUCGCCAUCGGCAUGGUGGAUUCGUCCAUGAUGCCCGAGCUAGGUUUUCUGGUUGACAUCCGCCACGCCGCCGUGUACGGCUCUGUGUAUGCUAUUGGUGAUACCGCCUUUUGCUUGGGAUAUGCUGUCGGACCAGCGUUUUCUGGAGCAUUGGUGAACAGCAUCGGUUUUGAGUGGAUGCUUGUCAUUAUUGCGAUCCUGAACUUUGCGUAUGCGCCGCUUCUAGUGUUGCUGCGCUCGCCACCGGCUAGAGACGAGAAACAGAGUCUAAUUAUCAGCGAAAAAUCAUCAGUUCGCUACGUGAGUUAUCAAAACGAAGAGGACGAAUAAGCCCGCCAUUUCAUCGCCGCCAUCUUGUCACCCGCCCGAUUUAUUUUUAGUCUAUAAAUGAGGUAUGAACGUUGCUUACUAGAUUAAUUGUCUGUGGUAAAUAAAAUAUAUUCAUAUUUAGUAGACGUCGAAGCGUUUUUGCGUGUUUACAUAAAAUAUUUAAAAAUAUAUAUUAUUAAUUAUAUUGUAGUAAUAUACGAACAAUACAAUAAUAUAUUUAACGGUAGCGUUUUGAAAUAUAUUUCUAGACAUGUUUAAUGAAAAUUUAUCUAGAUUUUACGACCAAUUUUCUGAGAGUAGUUACUUCAUAUUUUCGCUGCAUAAUCUUUUACUAUUUUAUAUAACUAU